AUGGCAGCUACUGCUGAUACGUCGAGUAGCUCCGGGACUGGGAUAGGGGAGCCACCCCUUACUCCCGCUUCCUCGCAGCUGUUGGUUUCGGGCGCUUCUUCUUGGGGGACGGUAGCUCUACCAUCCCCUGUGUCUGUAGAUACUGGUUCGGUACUGUCAUCAUCAGUACUAGCGCUCGCUGCGAUCCCUCUUUCUGCGAGUAAAGAUAACCAAUCUUCUUUGUCGAGGAGACCGCCGUGUACCGGCUGCCCUAGCUUCGUUUCGGAGCCACUUGGGCUUGCCACUCUUUUCCGUUUCCUCAUCUCAGACGGCGCACUGGUGGGAUCAGUGCCGUCAGGAUUGCAGUCGUUCCUCUGCUUGUUAUGUCGACUUUUAGCCGGCUGCGAUUUCCUCUUAGCUGGGUUGAGCUCCCGCGGUGAGUAG